UCCCGCAGCCGCCGAGGCUGAGGCGCCGGGGCAGGGAUGGGGUUUUACCGUAUGCGAGCGGAUGGGCCGCUCCCCGCGUCCCGGAUGGGGUGAAAGGGAAGGGGAGAGCGGCCCAGUCCUCCACUCUCCCAGAAUCCUUCGGCGCGGCCACUCUCUCUUGCCUGUCUCUAUGGCUGGGGCACAUGCUCUGUGCGUGGGGCCGGCGCGGUCUUGUCCCGGCCUCGUCAGCAGAGCGGGGACUCCCGGUAACCCCGGCAUGGCCCCCCCCACAGGUAACGUUGUUGAUAGCCAGUCCCCCAGGCUGGUGGCAAAUCAGCUAAGAUGGGACCUGACUGCCGAACAGAUAGAAAACAUGGCUGCAGAGCUCACGGAGAGGACCAAGCUUGUGUAUGACCGGGUGGGCGCCCAGGAGCAGGGUGAGGUGUCCUAUGAAAACACUCUCAAGGCACUGGCAGAUGUGGAAGUGGAAUAUACGGUUCGACGGAACAUGCUGGACUUCCCCCAGCAUGUCUCUCCAUGCAAAGACAUCCGUGCGGCGAGCACCGAGGCUGAUAAGAAGCUCUCAGAGUUUGACGUGGAGAUGAGCAUGAGGCAGGAUGUGUACCAGAGGAUUGUCUGGCUCCAGGAGAAAGCAGAGAGCGCUUCACUGAAGCCUGAAGCGAAGAGAUAUCUAGAGAGGCUGAUCAAAUUAGGUAAAAGAAACGGUCUCCAUCUCCCUGAGGAAACGCAGGAGAAAAUCAAAGCUAUUAAGAAAAAGUUGAGUGUCCUUUGCAUAGACUUCAACAAGAACCUCAACGAAGACACCACCUACUUGCCCUUCUCGAAGGAGGAACUAGGGGGACUCCCUGAGGACUUCCUGAACUCCCUGGAGAAGACAGAGGAUGGCAAGCUGAAAGUCACCUUGAAAUACCCGCACUACUUCCCGCUCCUGAAGAAGUGCUACGUGCCCGAAACGAGGAGGAAGGUGGAGGAAAUGUUCAACUCCAGGUGCAAAGAGGAGAAUUGCUUGAUCCUCAAGGAGCUGGUGGACUUGCGGGCUCAGAAAGCCAGUCUGCUGGGCUUCAACACACAUGCAGACUUUGUCCUGGAGAUGAACAUGGCUAAAAGCAGCAAGACAGUGGCUACGUUCCUGGGUGUGGCACUUGGCUGUGGAGGGGCAGAGCAGGGGCGUGUGCUGGGCUGGGUGUGCUGCUCUCAGCCCUGGGCACUAACCCUGCCUGCCUUGAUUUUCCUAGAUGAGCUGGCCCAGAAGCUGAAACCCCUCGGGGAGAAGGAACGGGCUGUGAUCCUGGACCUGAAAAAGAAAGAAUGCGAGAAGCGUGGCCUGGAGUUUGACAACCGCAUCAAUGCCUGGGACAUGCGCUAUUACAUGAACCAGGUGGAGGAGACCAAGUACAGCGUGGACCAGAAUCUGCUGAAGGAGUACUUCCCCAUGCAGGUGGUCACUGCAGGCCUGCUGGCCAUUUACCAGGAGCUGCUGGGGCUCACCUUCCAUCUGGAAGAGAAGGCUCCGGUCUGGCAUGAGGAUGUCCAGCUCUACACAGUGAAGGACACCUCCUCCGGGGAGACCAUCGGCAAAUUCUAUCUGGACCUGUACCCACGGGAAGGGAAGUACGGACACGCAGCCUGCUUUGGCCUGCAGCCAGGCUGCCUCUUGCCGGACUCCAGCCGGCAGAUCUCAGUGGCUGCCAUGGUGGCCAAUUUCACCAAGCCCACGCCAGAUGCACCUUCCCUGCUGCAGCAUGAUGAAGUGGAGACGUACUUCCAUGAAUUCGGGCAUGUCAUGCACCAGCUGUGCUCUCAGGCGGAGUUUGCCAUGUUCAGUGGGACACACGUGGAGCGGGACUUUGUCGAGGCACCAUCGCAGAUGCUAGAGAACUGGGUGUGGGAGAAGGAGCCGCUGCUGCGCAUGUCCAGGCACUACAAAACUGGAAGCCCCAUCCCUGAUGAGCUGCUGGAGAAGCUCAUUAAAUCUCGGCAGGCAAACACAGGGCUCUUCAACUUGCGCCAGAUUGUCCUGGCCAAGGUGGACCAGGCACUGCACACCCAGACGAAGGCCGACCCUGUGGAGGUGUUUGCCCGGCUGUGUGAAGAGGUGCUGGGCGUGCCUGCUACCCCAGGUACAAACAUGCCCGCUACGUUUGGCCACUUGGCUGGAGGCUACGAUGCCCAGUAUUACGGCUACCUCUGGAGCGAAGUGUACUCCAUGGAUAUGUUCCACACACGCUUCAAGCAGGAGGGGAUCAUGAACUGUAAGGUGGGCAUGGAUUACAGAAAUUGCAUCCUGCAUCCUGGCGGUUCCCUGGAUGCUUCCGACAUGUUGAGGAAGUUCCUGGGCCGCGAGCCCAAGCAGGACGCCUUCCUGGCCAGCAAAGGACUGAAGGUGGAGAACAACUCGCUGCCUUCGGCCUGCUGAGAAACUGCUCCAGCCCAUUUUGAGUAAAGCCAGCUCCUUUGUCUACGCACCAGUCCUCUCAGGCCAAGCAAUACCCGGUACUCCUGUCACCAAACGCAUCCUGGGCCAGCCCCUGCCUGGAGCUGUUCCUCCAGGAUCCUGCUCCGAGCUCACCCAGGGCUUUCAGGAGCUGGGUUCAGCCCUGGUCCAGGGCUCUGCGGUGACAGCUCUGCAGAGGGAGUUGAAUUGCCUUUGUCACCCCCUCCGAGGGGGUUGGGGCUUUUGGUAGCCCACACAAAUUGGCUGAACUUUGAACCUGAUUGCUGCACAAGGGUGAGUUUCGGCCUCAUUUAUAGCUGGGGAGGAGGGUGAGAGGAGUUACCAAACUUGAAUCAUUGUUUUAAAAUCCCUUCUUUUUAAGAAAUGAGACUUCCCACUGGGCUUGUCUUGUUUUGUGCCCUGGGGCAGACUUACUGUUCAGAACACGAAACAAGCAGCCUGAGAAGCUUCGUUGGAAGUCGUGCUCUCCCAUCUUUGGGCAGCUGGUGGCUGUGGAAUAAAGAUGGGGAGAUCCCAGAGCUUAAAAACCAUUGCAUUUACUGGAACGUCCUGCCCUGAGCCCCUCAGAUGUUCCUGCUGGGGCAGCAGGCCUGGGAGGGGGAUAGAAAGGGCUGGUACAGCUCUUCCCAGAACAGGGGAUCUGGGGAGCGUGGCCUGGCCCCCGUGCGCUGCCAGACGUCCUCGGGAGGUUGUACUUUCUCCCAGGCUGUAUCGGAACUGCUGGGAUGCUGUGCCCAGGGCCAUCUUAGGGCAGCCAAUGCCUUCUGGGCUCCGGUCAUAGCAGCAGAGGGUGUGUUGUUAUUGCUGUCACCUCUAAGCCAGGGUGGGACAGGGGAGGGCUGUGGAAAAAAAAAAAGCCAACAACAAGUGGACAGCUUCAAACAACACGGAUACCGGGGAUAAAAAUAUCAAGUGGGCUUUGUGCCAGGCCUUGAGCGGCUGGGCUUUGGGUGCGGCGCCGAGCUGGGGGAUGGCAGCCAGCCCUUUGACCAGCCUUGGGAGCAGCCGGGCUGUGCCACCUGCCCCCCCCAGCUGUUCCCCUGUCCCCAAGAACCCUAAAACUGGUGCCCGCAUGGCGUGGGGUGGCAUGGCACGGCGUGCCUCCCUCUGCUCGCCUCUGCGGUGCCGUUCCUCCCGGUGCUGCCAUCCCCGAGCAGGCUGGAGUACAGCUCUGCUGAUGCGUGCAGGGCGGUGCAUUGGAGCUGCUGGAGGAGAGCACUGACCCCAUGGGCAAAGGCCGAUUUCAGGUUUUGCUCACGUAGGAAUCACGUGCAGGCUGGGAAAGGUUUUUAGCAGCGAGGGUGUGGGGCAGGUGGAAGGUAGGCCCCUUCCUUGGUAGUGGAGGGGAGCCGAGGACCUCAGAGGGGAGCUGCGAGCUCCCACCAGUGCGAGGGGUUUUGUGGUGACAGGAUACUGAAGGCAGAUCUCAUUUUCUGGUGUCCCAGCCCACCUCCAGCCUCAGGUGCUUUGUGUGACGCCGUUUGAUGGCUGCAGGAUUGGUCCCUGCAGUUCUUCUGUGGUUUGAGCACACAGAGGGUGCUGUGCUCGCACCCACCGCCCUCGUCAGGGCUACGUGUGGGAGCUGCCAUCCCUCCCCAGGGUCUCACGCUGUGGCUCCCUCCCCAGCUGGCCUGUUGCCUUUGCUUCUCCUCUUGUCUGGGCUGCAUCACCGGAGCGGUUCUGGCUUCCUUCCCCACAGCCGCUGAUGAGGGUGUUGGAAGAAAGCUCGCCCCAAGUGCAGACAAAGUCGUUGCCAUCACCUCCCUCCCCCAGACACCCCUGGUGACACGGGAAGACCAGUGACACCCUCCCUUGCUGGUCCCCUCUUGUGCUGACAUGUGGACAGGUCCGUAAGCAGCGAAGUGGCUCCUUAGUGUUAGCUGGGGCCACAUUGAGCAUCUUGUCUUUGUCCCCACCCUCUGUUUUAGGCAUAGGCAAGUGUCUGUGUUUCAGGUGCCGGCUGCGCAGGGCCGGGCGCUCUCGAGUUGAUGCUGUGGUGUUUUAAGUGUCAUGUUUUACUGAGCUUUCAGCAUUUUCUUUCAGACCUCUCCUCUCAAGGGAGAGAACUGAAGCUCAACAGGGAAACCGCGCACUUUCCUCCCUCCUUCCCAGGCCACAAAUAACUCUGUUCCUCCCUCCAGUAACCCCUGCUGCUGGCAGUGCGGUGAGAGGUGCUGCUGGAGGCUGCGGCCAGGCAGAGCAGGGGGACCUGAUGCCUCUCCAAGCACUGCUGUUCCCUGUGCAUGGGUGAUCCCCA